GCGCACCGGCACCCCUUAAGCCUCUGAGCUGAGACGAUGAGCACUUUGCCUGGCCGGGGCCGCGGCUUCCGGAGACCAUCGGCGCUGAGAGCGAACCCUUCACGGAUGCGCGAUGCCUUGGCUCGGUCGCCGCCUCAGCCCUCGCGAGUGGUGCGCCAGGCUAGAGCCAACUUCGAAACCACACGUCGCCUAGCGACGGCGCGAGGCGGGGCCACAGGCUGUCCGGGCCUUCCCGAGACUUCCGCUUCCGGGGCCUCGUAUCUCAGAGCUUCAGCCGGCCCACCCCGCAACGUUUGGUGUCAGAUUCGGGCUGCUGCGGUCCCUCACUAUUGGCUUCUGUUGCUCCGCUAUCUGGUGCCUCCGUUAAUCAUGCUGGAACACUUGAGUUCGCUGCCCACACAGAUGGAUUACAAGGGCCAGAAAUUGGCUGAACAGAUGUUUCAGGGGAUUAUUCUUUUUUCUGCAAUAGUUGGAUUUAUCUAUGGGUACGUGGCCGAACAGUUCGGGUGGACUGUCUACAUAGUUAUGGCUGGAUUUGCUUUUUCCUGUUUGCUGACACUUCCUCCAUGGCCCAUCUAUCGCCGACAUCCCCUCAAAUGGCUACCUGUUCAAGAAUCAGGCGCAGAAGACAAGAAACCAGGGGACAGAAAAAUUAAGAGGCAUGCUAAAAAUAAUUGAUUGGUGUUUUCAUGGUUCAACACCUGCUUUUGUUUCCUGUGAGAUGAGCUAAAUUGCUUUCAUACCCAAAACAUGAGCUAAAAGCACCUAUGCUCUUAAACAGCACAGCUAUGUAUAGACUUAAUUCUUUACGUUUCAUUUCCAACCCAGCUUUGACCUAAAAAUAUCUGAGACCCUGUCUUGGUAAUCUUGUUCUAAAAUGAAGAACAGAAAACACAAAUGUGCAGUGUUUCUUUCAGGUAUACAUUAAUAAUGAAUAAAUGCCUCAUAAAGAUAA